GAGGCGGGCACGGGGCGCCAUGGCGGCUGAGCCUCAGCCCCCAGGCGUCGCUGUGUCGGCGGCCGCUUACCCGGAGUCGCCGGCCGAAUAUCCUGCGCGCCUGCAGGCCGGCGCGAUGCGGCGCCGCUUCUGGGGCGUGUUCAACUGCCUGUGCGCCGGCGCGUUCGGGGCCCUAGCCGCCGCCUUCGCCAAGCUGGCCUUCGGCAGCGAGGUGAACAUUGGCUUAUGUAUCUUAGGCAUUAUUGCCAUGGCGAGCACCAAUUCUCUGAUGUGGACCUUCUUUAGUCGGGGCCUCAGUUUCUCUAUGUCUUCAGCCAUUGCAUCUGUCACAGUGACUUUUUCAAACAUACUCAGCUCGGCCUUCCUAGGGUACGUGCUGUAUGGAGAGUGCCAGGAGGUCUUGUGGUGGGGAGGGGUGUUCCUCAUCCUCUGUGGGCUCACCCUGAUCCACAGGAAGUUCCCACCCACCUGGAAGGAAACUCUUCAGAAGCAGCAGUGAUAUCAGUUGGUUGGAUGGACUCACUGGAAAGGUGACCAUGACACCUAACCUGGGGUUGGAGUGUUGGAUGCUUCUAGGUGGUGUGAGAGAGCAGCCUACUGACUGUCAGCCAGAGGGAUAUGCCAGACCGGCCAAAGCCUCCAACCUCACAGCCUGAGGGCUGAAGCACUGCUUCUGUGAGGGGAGACAACCACCUCAGCAUGAGGCCUGAGCCCUUCAACAUUUGUGAAAUGUUUCAAUUCUUGUGCUCCAGGGCCUCCGGAGUGAGCCCUAGCAGGCUCUGGAGAUCUGGAGGGUGCUCAGCAACAUGUCUGGUCCUGAAAACACACUCUGUAAUUACAGUCCUGCCACCUGACCAAGGCUCCUCAUACCUUCAGAGUCAGCAGCUGGUGGGGCUUCCUGACAUAGCCAUGUGAUGUGUCAGGUAGUCUGUGCCAUGCCUGUAUAACACAGCAAGAGAAGGUCCCAGGCUAUUAAAUAUUUCUUUGUAAGUUAAAGCUGCUAGGCAUGGAAUUUUAAUUCUUUCUCUCUCACUUUGGGAGUGACAGUGAGCUGAACUUCCAGAGUAGGGUAGGCAUGGAAGUUCUGUUCUCUCCCAAGUCUCCUGGGGUAGGACCCUGCAAAUGAAGGACCUCAGAGUUCUUCUUCACUUUCCUUAUUAGGUAAAGUGUCUCAGAGGGUGGCCUUACCUUUACUGUUAGGUGUCUUCUGUCUUUUUAUUUUGUUUGUUUUAUGUGUGUGUGAGUGCAGACAUGUGCCACACGGCACACGUGGCGGUCAUAGGAAAAUUUUGGGGAGUCAGUUCUCACCUUCCAUCUUGUUUAGGCAGGGUUUCUCAUUUCAGAUGCGAAGCAUACUCCAGGCUAGCUGGCCUGCAGGCUUCUGGCUGAUUCUGUCUCUGGCUCCCAUCUUGCUGUAGAAGUGCUGGGAUUACAGAUGCAUACCUCUACUUCUGGCAUUUUAUGUGGGUUUCAAGGAUCAAACUCAGAUCAUCAGGUUUGUGCUUUUACUUGCUGAGCCAUCUCCCCAGGGCCAUCCUUUGACUUUCCUUCCCAGCUUUCCUUGACUCUUGAUGUCUCACACCAUGUGUAUAAUUGCUAGUGCAAAGCCAUCUGAGCAUUACUUUUCUGUCCCGGCACACAGCUUUAGCCUGGUACUUCUCUGCUUUGUUCCCCUGGGACUCCUAAAAGCCUCUUUCCUCCCCAGCUUUCCACAUAUAUUCUCCACAGUUGCCAAGGCCCUGACUGCUGGGGCUGGGACAGGGGAGGAUCCCAUCUAGACACCUCAUCUUGCCUGCACAGUGCCUGAAUUUCCCCUCCCUUACCUUCUGCACAGGUGACAGAGGGACCUUACUGACACAGUUCCACAGCCUCUGCUAAUUGGGGCUUGGCCCUCCCCCACCACUUUGCACAGGAAUUUCUGUCUUGACAUCUCUUUUAUCCCUACAUACUGGAGUCAUCGCAGGGAUCUGGUCUGAAAGGCUUCCAAAUGAACAAGUCCAGAACUGCUGCUGUGCUUUUGUGCUUGCUCCUCUCCUCUGCCUUAGCCUCCCUUCACUCGCCCCUCUCCCUGGCAAUAACCUCUGCUCCUAUUUCUAAACCCUUUUAAUCUCUCAUGGGGGUCAAGGCAAAACUGUGAUUCACAGAUUGCUAGCUGCUUUGGCAUUUUGAAGCCUCCUGACCACUCCCAAGAGGAAGGUGCUCUUGUUAUUCUCAUCAUAGGUGAGGAAACUCAGGAGCAGGUGUAGUAACUUGCCCAAUGUCACACAGCCCAGGCUCUCUGACUGUAGGCUUCGCUCUUAAUCUUCACCACUCUCUUGCCUCCUACAUCAAAUCAAGCCCAGUGAGGCCCAGCCACACAAUGUUCCCAAGUCUCAGAUCCCUUUUGUCACCAGGCUCUCCUAGUCUGUAUGUUCCACCUCCUUAUCUACUCUGAUCCCAUCAUUCUACCAGUGAGGAAGAUGAAAGGCAUUCAAGGCUCCAUAAGGUGUGUUCCCAUGUGGGCCAAGCACCAGCUAAAUCCAAGUGUUACGGCUGCUUAGAGCCACUGGUAAGGCUCCCUGGGUCAGGCCAUGACACAGGGCAGAAGAAGAUCAUCUUGGCCCAGGCACUGUCCUGAGGGAACCCUGCCUCCCAUCUAGAUAUCAGCUGGAUGCAUAGAGAUGAUUGAUAUUGACUCUCAUCAAUAGAUAAGCCUACAGGAAAACUAAAAGAUCGAGAUAUUUUCAUAAGGGGAGGAUGAGUCAUUUUCUAGAAAGAGAGUGGUACACCUCUGGAAUCAUCUGAGAAGACGGGAAAAGUUCAUAUUUUUUUCAGUGCAGAGGGUGGUUCUCUUACAAAGAGAAUAAACUGUGACAAUAUUUGUGUUUCUAAUGUGUGCCCUGGAUGAUGACUUGAGCUUUAUUUUGUUUGCUUUGGAGCUAGAUAUUUGAUACCAGGCUUUGUGGCCUUGAUAGAGGGCAGUUACUGUUUCUUUAUUUUACUUUCCUUUUUUUUUUUUUGGAGAUAGGGCAGACCUUGAACUUGCUAUGUAGACCAGACUGGCCUUGAACUCACAGAGAUCCAUCUGCCUCUGCCUCCCAAGUGCUAAGAUGAGAGGCGCGUGCCCACAUGCCUGGCUUACUUGCUUCUAUUUUUGAAAAUGUACAACUCGGUAGUUUUGCAGUAUAUACCCACAAGGUUUUCAACCAUUGUCACUAAUUCUAGAACAUCUUUCUCACUACCAAAAUAAAGUCAUACCUAUUAGUAGUCACUCUCUGUUCCAUGCCCUACCCCACCCCAGCCCCUGUAAUCACAAGUCUUUUUGUCUCUAUGGAUUUGCCUAUUCUAGACAUGUCAUUAAAGUGGAAUCAUUUACUGUA